AUGGCCACGUCUAUACUCGGGGAAGAGCCGCGCUUCGGAACAACCCCGUUGGCCAUGCUGGCGGCGACCUGCAACAAGAUCGGCAACACGAGCCCGCUGACGACGCUGCCAGAGUCGAGCGCCUUCGCCAAGGGCGGCUUCCACCCCUGGAAGCGCUCCUCGUCCAGCUGCAACCUCGGCUCCAGCCUCUCGGGCUUCGCCGUGGCCACCGGUGGCCGCGGCUCCGGCGGCCUGGCGGGCGGCUCGGGCGCAGCCAACAGCGCCUUCUGCCUGGCCUCCACGUCCCCCACGUCGUCCGCUUUCAGCAGCGACUACGGCGGCCUCUUUUCCAACUCGGCGGCCGCCGCGGCGGCGGCGGCCGGAGUGUCCCCGCAGGAGGCGGGCGGCCAGUCGGCCUUCAUCUCCAAGGUGCACACGACGGCGGCCGACGGCCUGUACCCGCGCGUGGGCAUGGCGCACCCGUACGAGUCGUGGUACAAGUCAGGCUUCCACUCGACGCUGGCGGCGGGCGAGGUGACCAACGGCGCGGCGUCGUCGUGGUGGGACGUGCACAGCAGCCCGGGCUCGUGGCUGGAGGUGCAGAACCCCGCUGGGGGGCUCCAGAGCUCGCUGCACUCGGGCGCCCCCCAGGCCUCGCUGCACUCGCAGCUCGGCACCUACAACCCCGACUUCAGCUCGCUCACGCACUCGGCCUUCAGCUCCACCGGCCUCGGCUCCUCGGCCGCCGCCGCCUCCCACUUGCUCUCUACCAGCCAGCACCUGCUGGCUCAGGACGGCUUCAAGCCGGUGCUGCCCUCCUACUCGGACUCCAGCGCCGCGGUGGCGGCUGCUGCCGCCAGCGCCAUGAUCUCGGGCGCCGCGGCCGCCGCCGCCGGGGGGAGCUCGGCGCGCUCAGCCCGCCGCUAUUCCGGCCGCGCCACCUGCGACUGCCCCAACUGCCAGGAGGCGGAGCGGCUGGGCCCGGCCGGGGCGAGCCUGCGGCGCAAGGGCCUGCACAGCUGCCACAUCCCGGGCUGCGGCAAGGUGUACGGCAAGACGUCGCACCUGAAAGCGCACCUGCGCUGGCACACGGGCGAACGGCCCUUCGUGUGCAACUGGCUCUUCUGCGGCAAGCGCUUCACGCGCUCGGACGAGCUGCAGCGGCACCUGCGGACUCACACGGGCGAGAAGCGCUUCGCAUGUCCGGUGUGCAACAAGCGCUUCAUGCGCAGCGACCACCUGAGCAAACACAUUAAGACGCACAACGGGGGUGGCGGGGGCAAAAAGGGCAGCGACAGUGACACGGACGCCAGCAACCUGGAGACGCCCCGCUCCGAGUCCCCUGACCUCAUCCUGCACGACUCCGGCGUCAGUGCCGCCCGAGCGGCGGCUGCGGCGGCGGCUGCAGCGGCGGCGGCGGCGGCGGCGGCGGCCUCGGCGGGAGGCAAGGAAGCCGCGUCUGGCCCCAACGACUCUUAGAGGCCGGGCGAGAGGUGCGAGCGAGCGAGUAGAGACACCGAGAGCGAGCG